AUGGCCGUUGAUUGCGUCGACUCAUCGGGAUUGAUAAGACCGGCUAUGUCGGAAUUUUGGACUGCCACCGAACAGCCAAGCACUCAAGGGAUGGGGCACCAGAAUUGCAUUACGUUCAAUCGGUCUAAUACCCGCCAACAGGUCUUUUUUGGACUUCAGGAACAGAACAGUCAAUCCUCCACUCCCCCCAACUCAGGCAAAAUCGAAACCAACAACAUGUUCAGUUGUUGGAGCCCAAUAAUGGACGAGAAAGUCGACAAGUCCAGAGAGGCCGUUUGGUCCAACGUUUACAAUUGGAUGCAGAGCUCGUCAGAGGUAGGUCCCAGAUAUUUAAUCAACGCUUUAAUAGUGAAAGGGGCUUGUACCAUUACGGAUAAUGGGUUACCUGACUUUCAGACGAUUUUGUUAUUUUAAACAGUGACCUUUUCAUAUUUGUUUAAACUUUUUCCCAUCUAUUUUUUGCGCUUCUCGUGUCACCACACAAAAAAGCUGUGAAAGAAAGACGUUCUCGAAAAAAACGCCCAAGCACAGGCUGGGACGGUGAGAAGCGGGAAACGACGGGACUGAUCAGGUUCACUUGGGCCAUAAAAAAUUCCUGGAAUAGGAUUGAUGGCACAAGUGUAAUGUACGUAUAUUAGUAGCAAUUGAGUCGUUCUUUGUGCUAAGAGUGCAUUUUUUUAGGGUUAAAAGGGUGACGAUGAAUACGCGUUUACGGUAAUUAGCAAAUGCAAUCUUUUAAUUUAAAUCCGGAAACAUUGUUUACCGAAUGGGCCUUGUACUUGUAGUUAUUUUGGUCGAGAGGCCAACCCAAAUCCCCUUAAGGGCAUCGAAAGUACUUUUGUACUGGGCUUCGACCUUUUUGGCGGGCAAUUCCAUCUUUUUUGCUUUCUUUUAUGUGUCCUCGAACCGACGGAAAAAGAGCCGGGGAGGUGCCUGGUACGGAGUGGAACGUCGUCGUUCCCCGCUCUCCCCGGCCGUCCUUUUUGCGUUGUUCUUUUUUCAUAGACCGUUUUCGCCCGGGUGUUGCACUUUCCUUCUGCACGCCGCUCUUCAAAAAAAACGUCUUUGUGUGUGUUUUUUGUGGACAGAGACCGGAAAAAAGCUUCUGACCCGAGUCUCAGCUCCGACCUGAUGCGACUUAAGGUGGUGGGGAUAGGGGGUUAUAAAAUAGUAGACAAAUGACUUCAUCAGGCAUAAAAAAUAAAGGAAGGGGUACGCUCUGGCACGGGGAAUAGAUCAGAAAAAGAAAACGAAUUGAGAUUGCAAAAAAACAAUAACAGCCUUCAAAGUAAUGUACGCCUCAAAUUGCAGAACUCAAGCAGCGAGGAGUGCAAUGAGAGUACACAAUCUAGUGCAGAAUCCAUGCUCCAGUUGUCCCCUCAGGCCCCGAUCUCUAAUCCCUGGUCCACGGCAGAGGAUGAGCCUCUUCCCACCUUCACUUCAACCGCCCGCCUCCCGUCUUCAACUUCAGCCCCAGCUUUUCAUCAACCUCAUGCCAUUAGACCGAAUGAUGAGAACGUUCUCAAUCAGAUGUUAAAUCUUUCCCUUAACAGUCCCAGAUCACCAAACAGUAGGAAAUGGAGUACUGAGGACACUCCUGCUCCCCACCAGUCUCCUUCAGUGCAUUACCCAAGUAACUACGCAGCCUACACAAUGAACAAACCCAGAGAUAUAACCGACUUGAUUGAACAAUAUGCUUUAUCCGACAUUACUCCUCAAAAAGACCCUCGACUUCUGCAUCAAUCUCACUCCCAAAUCUGGUCUCAGGAAGCUCCACAAGACAAAUAUUUUUCCAAUCAAAGGACGCAGGAUACUUACAACCAGUACGGUCAGCGGCAUGCCUUCCAGCCAUUAAAUCCAUCACCUCCAUCUUAUCAGACGUUGCCGAAAGCGGGCCGGAAUGGUGUGGCGUAUGAUGAAGCGGAAAUGCAAUGGUACCAUCAACAUCUGGAACUCCAGCAAAACGUUUACAACCAUAUUUAUGGGAUGUUGCUUUCGGGACAAAUGCCGAUGCAAAACAGAAAUGGGACCAGAAAGGCAGACCGCGCGAAUAAGCAGAAUUCCUAUCAACGACAAAGCCCUCCAGCCCCGAUCUCACCUCCAAGCAGCCACAAUGUCGCUUUCGAACAACCAAGACGAAGUCAAAUGGAGUUGCAGACCAAGUUGGAGUUGUGCACCGACCAAUACAGAUCCUUGGAAAAAGAGAGAAAAAAGACAGAGGCUGAAUUGGCCAAGCAUAAUUUGGGAAAGAAGAUAAGUUCGGCCAACAAUCUGCCCAUUCCUCGUCUCCCACCCGCUCCAUCUCGAGUCGACCGAUUGGUGGUCGACUUCUUCAGAGAGCAUGCUCGAGUGGUGACUCUGAUUGGUCGAAUGGAACAACUCAGAGGCAUCGAGUUCGGUCAAAAAGUGCAUGAAAGUUUGCGAGAAUUACUGGACGCAGUGAGACUGUUACAACAACGACGGCUGAGCGAGAGAAACGCCAUUCUCAGUCACCUUCGAGGAGAUAUGGGAUCAUACGACGAAGAGCGAGGUAAGUUGACUAAUUUGUUAAAGCACGGAAGACGUCCUAAAUCCAUGGUUAAUAACACAAAUCCUUUCAGAAUCAGCAAACCUCGUUGAAGCCCUCGUUAACGUUACCAAAUGUGUGAUUAGAGCCAGAGCCGUCAACUGGUGUGCCUUGAUCCGAACUCUUGGCCCCGAAUCCCAUCUUCAGAGGAUGCAACUGGAGAGGAUCGAGGCUCUCAAUUACGAAUGUGAACCCCCAGAAAUAAAGUCGAGGCCUCUAAACGCCUAA